CAGUUUCUAUUCCGGAAGCAAAUAGAACGGAAUUUAGUGUUCUAUUCAAAAGUGAAGGCAGGAUCAGAUAUUGUCAUUUCCUUCGCUGCUCAUCGGAAAAGAACAAAAAGAGCUUAGAGAUACACAAUGCAAAUUGAUUUGAGAGAUUAUCAAUGGGAGGUUGUGCAGCCUGCUCUCAGAGGAGAAAAUAUCAUCAUAUGGCUACCGACCGGUGCAGGCAAGACUCGGGCAGCUGUGUUUGUUGCCAGACACCAUUUGGACUCAAGAAGACAAGGCAAAGUAGCUGUUCUUGUAAAUAAGGUGCCUCUGGUGAAUCAGCAUUAUGAACAAGAGUUUAAGCCAUCCCUAACACCCAAGUAUAAAGUGAUUCCAGUAUCCGGUGACACUGAGCUUAAGGAGCAAUUUGCAUACAUUGUACGGAAGAAUGAUGUUAUCAUCUGCACAGCACAGAUCCUGCAAAAUUCACUGAUCAGCACAGAAGAAGAAAAGCACAUAGAGUUAACAGAGUUUUCUCUGCUGAUAAUUGAUGAGUGUCAUCACACUCAGAAGAAUGGUGUGUAUAACAAAAUCAUGACCCGGUACAUUGAAGCAAAGCAUAACAAUGGGAGCAACUUACCGCAAGUCCUUGGACUCACAGCAUCACCUGGAACCGAUGGUGCCAAUACAUUUGACAGAGCGGUGAACCACAUCUUACAGAUCUGCGCCAAUAUGGAUGCUCAGUUUAUCAUGUCCUCUACAAAGUGUAAACCACAAUUGGAUGCAGUAGUCCCUCAGGUUAUAAAGAACUAUGACGUUACGGAAGAAAGAAAACAGGACCCUUUUGGGGACAAAAUUAAGGUGAUGAUGUCAAGAAUUCACUCCUACCUAAGUGAUUCUUCAAUCUUAAGGAAUUUCGGGACACAGAUUUAUGAACAAGCUGUGGUAGAGCUGGAAAAAACAGGUGCUAUUGAGUCCAACAGAGUGAAGCGUGUCUGUGCACUUCACCUCCGUAAGUACAACGACACACUUCUGAUCAAUGACACGGUGCAGAUGAUUGAUGCACUUCACUUCCUGGGGGAAUUCUACGAGAAUGAAGAAAAAACGAAAGCUGUUCUGGAUCAAACAGAUCGAUUCCUAUUUAAGCUGUUCAAUGAUAAUAUUGAAGAGCUGUUCCUACUUGCGCACAAUAAAGACUAUGAAAAUCCAAAGCUGGACAGAUUGGAGAAUAUACUCCUGGAGCAAUUUAAGAACCCAAAUUCCCAAGGAAUUCUCUUCACAAAGACGCGGCAGAGCACCCAUGCCUUGUUUGGCUGGAUUAUGAAAAGUGAACAGUUGAUGGCAUCUAAUAUCAGACCAAGAAGCUUAACGGGGGCUGGCAUUAGCAGUCAGACAAAGCACAUGACUCAGCAAGAGCAACAGGAAGUUAUUCAGAAGUUCCGAACAGGCGAAGUCAACCUCCUUAUUGCUACCAGUGUGGCAGAAGAAGGCCUCGACAUAAAAGCAUGCAACAUCAUCAUCCGCUAUGGACUUAUCACUAAUGAGAUUUCCAUGGUUCAGGCCAGAGGGCGAGCAAGAGCUGAGAACAGUGUUUAUUCAGUUGUUGCUGAAAAAGGAGGGAAAGAGAUGCGACGGGAAUUUGUCAAUGAAUUCCGUGAGGGUCUAAUGAAACGUGCAAUAGAGCAUGUGCAAAGUAUGUCUCCACGUACCUACCAAAUAAAGAUUCGAGAGCUGCAGAUGGAAGGCAUAAUAAGCCAGAAGAUGAAAGAUAUGAAACAAGGUACCACGAGGAUGGAAAAUCUUCCUGAAGAUGUGAGAUUUUACUGUCGGAACUGCAAUGAGGCAGUGUGUCAUGCCAGUGACCUCCGAAUCAUUGAGGGCAUGCAUCAUGUUAAUGUGAAUCCAAACUUCGAUAUUUACUACAAAGUCUUUGGAAAAAUUAACCUUCCAAGGAAAUUUGAAGACUGGGAACUAGGUGGCAGAAUUGCCUGUCGUCAAUGUGGCCAGAACUGGGGAAUGCAGAUGAUCUACAAGAAAGUGCCCAUUCCCAGUUUAAGCAUCAAGAACUUUGUGGUGGAGCUGCCAAGUGGGAGAAGACCCUUCAAGCAAUGGAAAAGUGUUCCCUGCCAGAUCCAGGACUUCAACUACACUGAAUAUUGUAAAAACAACAUUCUAGAUAUCUGAAUGAGCGUAAUAAGCAUUUAAUUCUGAAUGACACUGUCCAACUAGCUUUUACUUUGGACAUCAUAGAAAGUAAUUUACAUAUUCCAGUGUGCAAUGAUGAGAAAAACCUUGCAAACAAAGAUGUAAAACGAUUUUGGAAGACAAUAUGAAUUCAGAGGUUCUUACUUCCCAGUACUAGUUAGGGAAGUGAUACUUGCACUUAGGUUGAGCUUUUACUGUAAUGCAUGUUCUGUUGUUAGUUUGAGCUUUUACUGUAAUGCCUGCUCUGUUGUUAGUUUGAGCUUUUACUGUAAUGCAUGCUCUGUUGGAACUUAUUAAUCUGUAACCAAACUUUUGGUAUUAUUCAAAGCAAAGUUAAAAACUGCUUCUUGUGUUAUUAGGUAUGAGCAUUUAAGAAAUGAAUGAUUUUUGAUACAUUGCUGUUAAGAAAAAUCAGUCGGCUGGUGGCGUAAUGGCAUCAGCGCUGAACUUCAAAAAGUUGAUGGCCUAUGCUCCCCGUGAGUUUAAAAGGCAAUUUCCUUCGUUCCCUGUAAACAUCAGUUGUUAAUUGAUCAUCUGAAAUAAAGGAG